CGGGUUGUUAGAGUUUCGAAUAACCGCGCCGUAUAGAUUCGUCAUGAUGGAGUUGUAUCAACAGUUCCUGCAGACUGAGGCUGUUAUUAAGACUAUUGCGAAGCAAAUCGAAGAACAUCGUUGGGCUACACUACAAGAGAUAUGUAAUACUAUAGGAAAUGUGAGAAUAAUUAGACCGAAUCGGGAAGAGAUUGAAAGUACUCAUGCUUUGUCUGGGACUCCGGGGACUGAAAAGCGCCAGGCGAAAGUGAGUAUACACUCUAGCAGGUGUGAACAUAGUCCCUUAAAUCGUACCAAAACGUAUCAAGACUCAGGCUGCAGGUCUCCGUUGACGGUGCUAAAGGACACCGGAAAGUCAAAACGACAAGUGAGAAGUGGAAGGAAGAGUAGUAAACAGCCGGCACUGGCAAAUGUUUCCCGAACGAGUAGAAAUAUUUGCGACCAAAGUGAUUCUCACACCUUGAAAGAGAACACUCCUGAGGCAAAAACUGCUGUUUUGGAACAGAAGCGUCGAAUACCUGUGGAUGCUUAUGAUGAUGAUGAGCCACCUCGGAAACGUGCCAGUUAUCUUAAGAAGACGGUGAGUACGAGUAAUGAGUCGAAUGCAGGUGAAUUGCCUGCCUCGAGGAUUGGGGAAAAAGAAGCAUCUUUCAACAGACUAUGUGAAGAGGAUGAAAAUUUACCUUUGAAGAAAGCUGUUCCUGAAAAAUCACCUAAUACACGUUGGAGUCGUAGUAAACAGAAGACGGUGAGUACGAGUAAUGAGUCGAAUGCAGGUGAAUUGCCUGCCUCGAGGAUUGGGGAAAAAGAAGCAUCUUUCAACAGACUAUGUGAAGAGGAUGAAAAUUUACCUUUGAAGAAAGCUGUUCCUGAAAAAUCACCUAAUACACGUUGGAGUCGUAGUAAAAAUGUGUCGCAGAAUGGUGUACACCAUUCCUCGUAUUCAGUUGACUCAAAAGUGAAGCAUGUUUCAAGGCUUCUUACUGGAAGAAGUCAUCAAACGACAACGUUUGGAAAUAAAGUUGUUAAGGAUUAUAAUACGUCGCGUUUGUUUUCAUCGGCUGAGAGACUUGGUGGUGUUUCGCGGCUUCAUUCUCUCGGUCGAUCCGUCCUACCAUCAAAAGGCAAAACGGAUUGGAAAAUGAAUUCCAUUAAGGAGAGAACAUCAGCGAACACUUCGUUGAAUUGUUCAACUGUGAAACAGACUAAUCGAUCAACGUCUUCUGUUUUGUCUGCGAAAGAGAAAAUUCUUGAAGAGAAAAGAAAACUUGUCAUUGAACAGAUGGAAAAGAAAAAUGAACGUUUACGUGCUUUCCAAGAAGAGAAAAGACUAAAAGCGGAAGCUCGUAAAAAGGCUAAUGAUGAACGUUUUCUAGCCGCUCAUCAGAGAUAUCAACAAUUGUUGCAAGGGAAUCAAUUUCAAGUUAAAGAAAAUCUUCCCCCUGGUGCAAGUACGAGUGUACAAGCUAAGCCAUUACAGAGUAAUAGUGCUACUGCUUCUAGUACUACUACUACUACUGCUACUAAUAAUAAUCCAGCGAAAAAGUGUUUAGUAAGCCUAAAUACUAAGGAUCACAAUAAGGUGCUUAGACUACAGAAUAAACCUGUUAGUGUAAUGAAGCCAUCUCAACCAGCAAGCUGUCAGAAAGUUCAACCAAUGGUGAAAGUUCACACAAAUCAACCUGUUGGACAAUCGCAACUACAGAAGAAAGUUGUUGAACCCAAGGCAGUACCAGUAAUCAGUAGUCCAGUAGUCGAGGAACCGUUCAAUAUAUCAAAGUGUAAUUCAGAUUCGGAAUCAGACGAUGAGGAUUCAGGUGGUCAUUGUCCAGAAUGGUGUCGUAAAGGCAAUACUGAACUGAUGGAUGCAUUCUGUGAUUUGCAUUCAAUUAAAAUGAGAUGGCAAGAUGAAUUCCUGCCUGCAUCAAUGAUCCCAUUCAGUAUUCCUGAAAUAUUCCGUGAUUAUGAUUAUACAUUGAAACCACGUACAAGCAGUGCGAUAUGGGAUGAAAGUCCUCGCAGUAGUGGAAGCAAUUCUGCGAAUCGUCCCAGUUCAAGCAAAAUACCUUUACCUUUAUAAGAUACUCUUGAAAUUCGUACAUUUUUUGUUUUUGCUUUUCAAAUGAUAUAUGUAUAUAUUGAUAACCUUAUGAGUAUAAUAUUUUCAAAUUCAUUGUACAUUUGUGUUAGAAAAAAACAAAU